GGAUCCUCCCGCCGCCGCCGCCGCCCCGCGGCGCGCACCCCGCUCGGCCGCCGCCGCGGAGCCACCGGAGCGCACGUGGCGCCGCCAUGGCCCGCCUGGUGCUGCAGGACGGGUCGGUGCUGCCCGGCCGCCCCUUCGGGGCCGUCGGGGCCGCGGCCGCGGGCGAAGUCGUGUUCCAGACCGGCAUGGUGGGGUACCCCGAGGCCCUCACCGACCCCUCGUAUAAGGCGCAGAUCCUGGUGCUGACCUACCCGCUGGUCGGGAACUACGGAGUGCCCCGGGACGAGCCCGACGCCUUCGGCCUCAGCAGGUGGUUUGAGUCCAGCAGGAUCCAUGUGGCGGCGCUGGUGGUGGGAGAGUGCUCAGAGACCCCCAGCCACUGGAGCGCAUCCCGCUCCCUGGACCAGUGGCUGAAGGAGCAGAACAUCCCUGGGCUGGAAGGGGUGGAUACCCGGGCCCUGACGAAGAAGAUCCGUGAGCAGGGGACGCUCCUGGGGAAGCUGGUGCCGGAUGGGACCCCCGAGGAGAGCCUGUCCUUUGAGGACCCCAACCAGAAGCACCUGGUGCAGGAGGUGUCGCUGAAGGCGCCCCGAGUGUUCAACCCGGGCGGGUCCCUGCGGGUCACGGCCCUGGACUGCGGCCUCAAGAACAACCAGAUACGGUGCCUGUGCAAGCGGGGGGCCGCUGUCACUGUGGUGCCCUGGGACCACCCACUGGACCCCGCGGACUUUGACGGGCUGUUCAUCAGCAACGGCCCUGGAGACCCACAGCUCUGCCAGGAGACAGUGUCCAGCCUACGCCGGGUGCUGGAUGCGCCCCAGCCCAAGCCCGUUUUUGGGAUCUGCCUGGGACACCAGCUGCUCGCCCUGGCCCUCGGCGCCCGCACCUACAAGAUGAAGUACGGGAACCGUGGGCACAACCAGCCCUGCCUGCACGAGGACACGCGGCGCUGCUUCAUCACGGCGCAGAACCACGGCUUCGCGGUGGAGCCGGGCAGCCUCCCGCCCGCCUGGCGGCCGCUCUUCACCAACGCCAACGACGCCUCCAACGAGGGCCUCGUGCACCAGCACAAGCCCUUCUUCAGUGUCCAGUUUCACCCCGAGCACUGCGCCGGCCCCACGGACCUGGAGGGGCUCUUUGACAUCUUCGUGGAGGUGGCGCGGGACGUGCGGGACGGGCACGGCGGCACCCGGACAGUGCGGGAGCGCCUGCAGGAGUGGCUGACCUACACCAAGGCACCAGCGGGGGACCUGGAAGCGGCCCGGCCCCGCAAGGUGCUGAUCCUGGGCUCCGGGGGCCUUUCCAUUGGGCAGGCAGGAGAGUUCGAUUACUCAGGGUCACAGGCCAUCAAAGCACUGAAGGAGGAGAACAUCCAGACCGUGCUGAUCAACCCCAACAUCGCCACGGUCCAGACCUCCAAGGGACUGGCGGACAAGGUGUACUUCCUGCCCAUCACCCCUGAGUACGUCACCCAGGUGAUCCGGAACGAGCGGCCUGAUGGGGUGCUGCUGACCUUUGGGGGGCAGACAGCCCUCAACUGUGGCGUGGAGCUGACCAAGGCGGGAGUCCUGGAGCGUUACCGUGUGCGGGUGCUGGGCACCCCCGUUGCCUCCAUCGAGAUGACAGAGGAUCGCAAGGUCUUCGCGGAGAAGAUGGAGGAGAUUGGGGAGCACGUGGCGCCCAGCGAGGCUGCUGCCUCCCUGGAACAGGCGCAGGCUGCAGCUGAGCGCUUGGGCUACCCGGUGCUGGUGCGCUCUGCCUACGCCCUUGGCGGGCUGGGCUCCGGCUUCGCCAACAGCCGGGAGGAGCUGGUGGCUCUGGUGAGCCAGGCCUUCAGCCACACCUCCCAGGUGCUGGUGGACAAGUCCCUGAAAGGCUGGAAGGAGAUCGAGUACGAGGUGGUGCGAGAUGCCUACAACAACUGCAUCACGGUGUGCAACAUGGAGAACCUAGACCCGCUCGGGAUCCACACGGGCGAGUCCAUUGUGGUGGCACCCAGCCAGACCCUCAAUGACACCGAGUACUUCAUGCUGAGGCGCACAGCCAUCAAGGUGGUGCAGCACCUGGGCAUCGUGGGCGAGUGCAACAUCCAGUUUGCCCUCAACCCCGAGUCAGAGCAGUACUACAUCAUCGAGAUGAACGCCCGGCUCUCCCGCAGCUCGGCCCUGGCCAGCAAGGCCACUGGUUACCCGCUGGCCUAUGUGGCUGCCAAGCUUGCCCUGGGCAUCCCCCUGCCCCUCCUCAGGAACUCUGUCACCAACUCCACCACAGCCAGCUUCGAGCCCAGCCUGGAUUACUGCGUGGUGAAGAUCCCGCGCUGGGACCUCAGCAAGUUCCUGCGCGUCAGCACCAAGAUCGGCAGCUCCAUGAAGAGCGUGGGGGAGGUCAUGGCCAUUGGCAGGAACUUUGAGGAGGCGUUCCAGAAGGCUCUGAGGAUGGUGGACGAGAACUGCGUGGGCUUUGAUCACACCGUGAAGCCGGCCUCAGACAUGGAGCUGGAGACGCCGACGGACAAGCGAAUCUUCGUGCUGGCGGCGGCGCUGCGGGCCGGGUACUCCAUCGAGCGGCUCUACGAGCUGACCAAGAUCGACCGCUGGUUCCUGCACAAGAUGAAGAACAUCACAGACCACGCGGUGCUGCUGGAGUCGUACCGCGGUGAGCAGGGCACCAUGCCCCCCGCCGUGCUCAGGCGCGCCAAGCAGCUCGGCUUCUCCGACAAGCAGGUGGCCCUGGCCGUGCUCAGCACCGAGCUGGCCGUGCGGAAGAUGCGGCACGACCUGAAGAUUCUGCCGGUGGUGAAGCAGAUCGACACCGUGGCGGCAGAGUGGCCAGCCCAGACCAACUACCUGUACCUGACCUACAAUGGCUCUGAGCACGACCUGGCCUUCCGUGAGCCCCACGUCAUGGUCAUUGGCUCCGGCGUCUACCGCAUCGGCAGCAGUGUCGAGUUUGACUGGUGCGCUGUCGGCUGCAUCCAGGAGCUCCGCAAGAUGGGCUUCAAGACUAUCAUGGUGAACUACAACCCCGAGACAGUGAGCACUGAUUAUGACAUGUGUGAUCGCCUCUACUUUGACGAGAUCUCCUUUGAGGUGGUGAUGGACAUCUACGAACUGGAGAACCCCGAGGGUGUGAUCCUGUCCAUGGGCGGGCAGCUGCCCAACAACAUCGCCAUGGCCCUGCACCGGCAGCAGUGCCGCAUCCUGGGCACCUCCCCGGAGGCCAUUGACUCCGCCGAGAACCGCUUCAAGUUCUCCCGCCUGCUCGACUCCAUCGGCAUCAGCCAGCCCCUCUGGAAGGAGCUCUCCAACAUGGAGUCGGCCAAGCACUUCUGCUGCAAGGUGGGCUACCCGUGCGUCGUGCGCCCCUCCUACGUGCUGAGCGGCGCCGCCAUGAACGUGGCGUACUCGGACAGCGACCUGGAGAAGUUCCUGAGCAACGCCGUGGCCGUGUCCAAGGAGCAGCCUGUUGUCAUUUCCAAGUUCAUCCAGGAGGCCAAGGAGAUCGACGUGGACGCGGUGGCCUGUGACGGCGUGGUGGUGGCCAUCGCCAUCUCAGAGCACGUGGAGAACGCUGGGGUGCACUCGGGUGAUGCCACGCUGGUGACCCCCCCGCAGGACAUCACCCCCAAGACGCUGGAGCGCAUCAAGGCCAUCGUCCACGCCAUUGGGCAGGAGCUGCAGGUCACAGGGCCCUUCAACCUGCAGCUCAUCGCCAAGGAUGACCAGCUGAAGGUGAUAGAGUGCAAUGUUCGUGUCUCCCGCUCCUUCCCCUUUGUCUCCAAGACGCUGGGUGUGGACCUGGUGGCUCUGGCCAGCCAGGUGAUCAUGGGUGAGGAUGUGGAGCCUGUGGGGCUGAUGACGGGCACUGGCAUCGUUGGUGUCAAGGUGCCCCAGUUCUCCUUCUCACGCCUGGCGGGCGCUGACGUGGUGCUGGGUGUGGAGAUGACCAGCACGGGCGAGGUUGCCUGCUUUGGGGAGAACCGCUGCGAGGCGUACCUGAAGGCCAUGCUCAGCACUGGCUUCAAGAUCCCCAAGAAGAACAUUCUGCUGACCAUCGGCAGCUACAAGAACAAGAGCGAGCUGCUGCCCACGGUGCGGACGCUGGAGAGCCUCGGCUACAACCUGUACGCCAGCCUCGGCACCGCCGACUUCUACACCGAGCACGGCAUCAAGGUGAAGGCCGUGGACUGGCACUUCGAGGAGGCAGACAGCAGCGAGGCUGGUGCCCGGGAGAGCCAGCGCAGCAUCCUGGACUACCUGGCCGAGAACCACUUUGAGCUGGUCAUUAACCUCUCCAUGCGCAACUCAGGGGGCCGCCGGCUCUCGUCCUUUGUCACCAAGGGCUACCGCACCCGGCGCCUGGCUGUCGACUACUCCGUGCCUCUCAUCAUCGACAUCAAGUGCACAAAGCUCUUCGUAGAGGCUCUGGGCCAGAUUGGGGCAGCCCCCCCUCUGAAGAUGCAUGUGGACUGCAUGACAUCCCAGAAGCUCAUCCGCCUGCCAGGCCUGAUCGAUGUCCACGUGCACCUCCGCGAGCCGGGUGGCACCCACAAGGAGGACUUUGCAUCAGGCACGGCAGCCGCCCUGGCCGGGGGUGUCACCAUGGUGUGUGCCAUGCCCAACACCAGCCCGGCUGUCACCGAUGCCACCUCUUUUGCCUUGGCACAGAAGCUGGCUGAGGCUGGGGCCCGCUGCGAUUUUGCUCUCUUCCUGGGCGCUUCCUCGGACAACGCUGGCACGCUGGGCGCCCUGGCUGGGGCAGCCGCCGGCCUCAAGAUGUACCUGAACGACACCUUCUCCAGCCUGCGGCUGGACGACGUGUCGCUGUGGAUGGAGCACCUGGAGCGGUGGCCGCGGCACCUGCCCCUCGUGGCGCACGCGGAGCGGCAGACGGUGGCCGCCGUGCUGAUGGUGGCCCAGCUGUACCGGCGUGCCGUGCACAUCUGCCACGUGGCCCGCAGGGAGGAGAUCCUCCUGAUCAAGGCGGCCAAGCAGAGGGGGAUCCCGGUGACGUGCGAGGUGGCCCCGCACCACCUCUUCCUGAGCCAGGACGACCUGGGGCGCCUCGGGAAGGGGCGUGCGGCCGUGCGGCCAGAGCUGGGCACGCGUCAGGAUGUGGAGGCGCUCUGGGAGAACAUGGACAUCAUCGACUGCUUUGCCACUGACCACGCUCCCCACACGCUGGAGGAGAAGCAGGGGCAGGAGCCGCCCCCGGGGUACCCCGGCCUGGAGACGAUGCUGCCGCUGCUGCUGACGGCCGUCUCUGAGGGGCGGCUCAGUGUGGAGGACAUCGUCCAGCGCCUCUACGAGAACCCUCGCAAGAUCUUCGGGCUGCCGGCGCAGGAGGACACCUACGUGGAGGUGGACCUGGAGCACGAGUGGAUCAUCCCCAGCAGCACAGUCUUCUCCAAGGCCCGUUGGACCCCCUUUGAGGGCAUGCAGGUGAAGGGGACAGUGCGGAGGGUAGUCCUGCGUGGGGAGGUUGCCUACAUCGAUGGGCAGGUGCUGGUGCCCCCUGGCUAUGGACAGGAUGUGAAGAAGUGGCCCUCAGGAGCUGCACUGCUGCCACACGUGGCCCCCACCAAGGAGAGCGUGAAGACCCCUGAUCUGUCCCGGCACGGUGACGCGCUGCGUGGUCGAGCCCCCAGCCCGCGCCGGCCCGGCCCCGCGGGCGAAACUCGCUUCCACCUCCCGCCCCGCAUCCACCGAGCCUCCGACCCCGAGCUGCCAGCAUUCCGGAGGCUGGGAGCCGCGCACCGCCCGGGCGCCCGAGGCACCGGCGAGGACACUCGUGAGAAGGGCAGCAGGAAGGCAGCAGAACUGGAUUCGGCGGGGGUCCAGGACAGCCACUCCUACCCACUGGGCCCCGUCCCGCGCCAGGCGUCCCCUCAGCGCUCCCCCCACUUCCAGACCUCCCCGCUGCUGCACCCCCUUGUCGGGCAGCACGUCCUCUCCGUCCGGCAGUUCUCCAAGGAGCAGCUGUCCCACCUCUUCAACGUGGCACACACCCUGCGCAUGCUGGUGCAGAAGGAGCGGAGCCUGGACAUCCUCAAGGGGAAGGUGAUGGCGACCAUGUUCUACGAGGUGAGCACGCGGACCAGCAGCUCCUUCGCCGCAGCCAUGAGCCGGCUGGGCGGCUCCGUGCUGUCCUUCUCCGAGGCCACCUCGUCGGUGCAGAAGGGCGAGUCGCUGGCGGACUCCGUGCAGACCAUGUGCUGCUACGCCGACGUGCUGGUGCUGCGGCACCCCCAGCCCGGCGCUGUCGAGCUGGCCGCCAGGCACUGCCGCAAGCCGGUGAUCAACGCCGGGGACGGCGUGGGGGAGCACCCCACGCAGGCACUGCUGGACAUCUUCACCAUCCGCGAGGAGCUGGGCACAGUCAAUGGGAUGACGAUCACCAUGGUGGGAGACCUGAAGCACGGGCGCACGGUGCACUCCCUGGCCCGCCUGCUCACCCAGUACCGCGUCAACCUGCGCUACGUGACCCCCCCCGGGCUCCGCAUGCCCCCCGACAUCACCAGCUUCGUGGCCUCCAGGGGCAUCCAGCAGGAGGAGUUCGGGAGCAUCGAGGAGGCGCUGCCGGACACAGACGUGCUCUACAUGACCCGCAUCCAGAAGGAGCGCUUCCAGCGGGCCGAGGAGUACGAGGCUUGCUUCGGGCAGUUCAUCCUCACACCCCACAUCAUGACCCGGGCCAAGGAGAAGAUGGUGGUGAUGCACCCCCUGCCCCGAGUCAACGAGAUCAGCGUGGAGGUGGACUCGGACCCGCGCGCCGCGUACUUCCGGCAGGCGGAGAACGGCAUGUACAUGCGGAUGGCGCUGCUGGCCACCGUGCUGGGCCGCUACUGACCAAUAAACGCUCUCGGUCGCGACACGACA